AUGAACACUCUAGUACAAAUUUUAUCAAUUUUAAUUGCAAUUUCAUCGAUAGAAGCUGAGAAAAGAUUCCUAAAAGUUGAAAACUGCACUGCGGAUGCCAAACUGGUUCGAAUUCAACGAUGUGAAUUGGCAAACAACAAAAUGUCGAUAGUUUAUGACAUAAUCAAGCCUAUAGCAAGUUGUACGGUCGAGUUCUGCUUUCACAAAUCCGAAAAUGGAAAGUUCCGUCCACUCGGAAAAUGUCAACGCUUUGAUCGCUGCAGAAUCUUCAAUCUAGAUGUGAAUUUAACACCAAUAAUGAAAAGACUUACAAGAUUCAUCAAAUAUGCAGGAAGUGCUAGCUUAAUCCCAUCCUGUCCGCUUCAUGGACGUGAAGAGUAUUUGGAUAUGACACUAAAUGCCAAUAUUAUGGGAUUUUUACCGAAAGGAGUUUUGAAAAUUAGUGUGAGGAACUUUAAUGACGAUGGAGUUAUUUUUGCAAUUUCUAUAAUUUUUAUGAACAGUUAA